AUGAACCCGCUCGCAACCCUCGCACAUCGAUUCGCCCAGAUCUCGAUCCGCUCGUCGGCUCGCCCCGCAAUCGCUCCCGUCCUGAGCCAGGCUCGAUCGGUCGCCACCGUGCCAUUCAAAAACCUGAGGAAGGGAUGGGAAUACCUUGCCCUGUCGGACCUGCAGAAGGACACAUUCGUGCCAGCUCCGCGAGGAGCGAUCACGGAUCCGGCCAGCUUCCUGAACGCCAUCGGGCGAAAGUGUGGAGACGUUGCUGCAAAGUUUACGAGCUGGGAGCAUCUUUUCAAGGCCACCUCGUCGGAGAUGAAGGAGCUGGGCAUCGACUGUCAACGACGAAAGUACAUCCUUGGCUGGCGAGAGUCGUUCAAACGUGGCACCGACCCCAAGGACAUCCCGAUCCCGAAGCGAAAGGAGAAGUACCUGGUGUUCAAGGCCAAGGUCAAGCUCCUGCGACUCAAGAAGCAGGGACUGGCUUGA